GGUGAGGACUAAGGAGUGUCCUAAGGACCGAACGUUGGAGGGUGGACCCAGGACUCCCGGUGGACCCAUGACAGUCCACGACAUGUCCCCAGCUGCCUUGACCAUGCCGCACCACCAUCCGCACCUCGCACGGUCCAGGUUCAUGAUCACAGACAUCCUGUCCGGCCAGUCCGGCCACCACCCCCAGCGGUCACCUCCGUCGCCGGCCAGCUCCGUGGACGCCCCCCGGGACCUCAGUCUCCACUGCCGCACCGCCGCCUCUGACGCCGACCUCAGCGAUGGUCAUGAGAGCGGCACAGACUCCGGCCUGCACGGCGACAACUCCAGCGUCUGCUCAAAUGGUCACAAAGACGACGUGCAGGACGGCUCUAGAGGCUCCAGUCACUCAGGGCUGAGCAAGAAGCAACGCAAGGCGAGGACGGCGUUCACAGACCAUCAGCUGCAGACGCUGGAGAAGAGCUUCGAAAGACAGAAAUACCUGAGUGUACAAGACCGCAUGGAACUGGCGGCCAAGCUGAGUCUGUCCGACACCCAGGUCAAGACCUGGUACCAGAACAGGAGAACGAAGUGGAAGCGUCAGACAGCGGUGGGUCUGGAACUCCUCGCUGAGGCUGGUAACUACGCGGCGUUCCAGAGGUUAUACGGCGGACCUCCCUACUGCUGGCCAUACCCUGCGCCUGGGGGUGGUGCCGCCCCCACGGCUGCCGACCUGUACUACCGCCAAGCCGCCGUCGCCGCCGCCGCCGUCACCGCCACUACACUCCAGAAGCCGCUGGCCUACCGUCUCUACCCCGGAGUUGCGGGGCCUUCCCAUCUGCCGCCUCCGCCGGGCCUGCCCACCGCCCCCGCCUACUACCAUCCUCUGCCUCCGCGCUCCCCCAGCCCUGACCCCCGCUCCCCCACGCGGUCACACAGUCCUCAGAGUGUAGAUGUGGAGGACGACUCCCCAGACUCGCCCCAUGUCGACGUCUAACGCAGAGCGGGAGUUGAACUCAAGUGGUCACAAGUUUGGUCUUUCGAAGUUCUAGUGAUGUGUUGUAAAUUUCAUUUAAAAAUCAAACUAAUAGUGAAAAUUGUACCAAAUUUGCGAAAUUUGAGAUAAACUAUGACAAACACAUGCUAAUUCAAACUGAACUUUUAGCCAAUUAAAAUUAAUUAUAAUUCAAACAAAAUCCAACUUAAAGAGAAUUUCAUAAUGAGUAGGAAAGUGAAAGAGCGUUUAAGGACUUCCAAGGCCCAAGCAGCAUGAUCUGCACCCUCGGACUCUAUUUAGUGUCUCGUCGAUGUUAGCUUUAUACGACUCGUGUCUACCAGUUCGAUCUUAACUUUGUAAUAUACAUUCUUCGACCGCCACAUGUACAAGUUUAACUUCUAUGUGUAUAUUUUGUUUGUUAAUCGCUUUUGUUAUUUAUAUAUAGUGUUUUAUGGAAUGUAAGUGGACAGCUUUCAAAGACUAUAAAUUAAUUAGAAAGUAAUAUAUUGUUCCGCGGAACUUUAUUUGUAAUAUAGUUUUAAAUUAGGUUAAGCGAUUUCAAAAUAAGUAAAUACUCAGAGGAUCGAUUUCCUCAUGUGAUAUUAAAAGUUUUACUUAGAUGUAAGAAACCUGUGCAAAUAGGAGCAAACAGUGUGAAAAAAGGUACAGGAAAUGCUAAAAUACAUAAAUCUCAAGUACAGCCUACCUCUUAAUACCUCUUGUUGGUAUUUCCACUGUAAUAACAAUGUAUCCCACAACUAUUAGUUGAAGAACUCAGUGGCAUGGACUUAGUGCAAAUCUAGAAUUGUUAAUAUUGUAAAGAAUUGAUCUUAUUUUUCGGUGGCACGAUUUAAAUUAACUGUCAAUAAGUAACAAGACAUUCACUUAAAUGCAUCAGGCUUAGAAUAUUAUCGUACAUUUUAGGUUCAGUGUCAAAUGUAUUUAUCAAUAAAAAUAAAAGAAAUCUGUAAUUCAAAUCAGCUAGGCCCUACAGUGUGAGCAAGCAUUAGAUGUUUGUUGCAAGCAGAAAGUGCACCAAUUCAGAAAUGUUGUUUUCCCAGAUAGAAUCUUUGUUUUUGACUACACGUUUAAGUUCAACCAUAGGCAUACUGCUUUAGUUUUGUAAGUUUUAUUUUACUAUAUGAGCGCCACCGAAAAUGUGUAUAUUAUAUUUCGAGCUCGUUCUAGUUCGACCGGCUUCAGUGUACAAACAGGAGCCACCCCUCCAAGCGGUUAUUUAUCUUAAUUGAACACUACUGUAGAUUCUAACUGCAGCGCAGUUU